AUGAGUACUCUAGCGAGAAGAUCAUCAUAUGGCUACUCAAAAUUGGAUAAAGAAGACCCGGAAGAGGUAAUGCAUAGAAGAGCACAGUUCUUGAUCUACAAGGCACUACAGCAAGCAGAUUCUCCUAGAAGAAGGCCAUCUUUUUUGAGGAUCAGAUUGUGUAGGUUAAAGAUAAAGAUUGGCAAGAAACUAAAGAAGUUGGGGAAGGGCAAGUUGUUGUCUAUAUCUGCCGCGAGAGUUAGAGUGUAUGGGCAAGUUACUAGUCAUUGGAAGCGCUUGUUUGGCAAUGGAGAGGCCAUUGCUAGUCUUCCUCCCAUGCUGGCCUUGAAGGCUCGAAAUUAG